GGUUUGAUGCCCGUCCGUGGCCGUGCGUCGCUCCGGUGGAAUGAGAAGCUGCUGCAACCAUGAUGGAAGGACUGAAGAAGCGAACCCGAAAGGCAUUCGGGUUACGCAAGAAAGAGAAGGACACUGACUCCACGGGAUCACCAGAUAAAGACAAAUCAAAAAAAGCCAACGGUGCUCCGAACGGGUUCUACGGCGAGAUAGACUGGGAUCGAUAUAAUUCCCCUGAUGUGGACGAUGAGGGCUACAGCAUCAGACCCGGAGAACAAGGAGGAACGCCAGCCAAAGCUAAAACGUUCUUCUCAUCCAGCGAGUCAGAGGGUGAGGAUGAGCCAGGGAAGAAGUUUAAGAUCAAGAUCAAGCCCUUGACACCAAAUAACGGCACUGUGUCCACAGUGGAUGAGCUGAAAGCCUCCGUGGGCACACUGGCCAUCUCGACCUCGCCUUUGUGUCCGCUGAAACGAACUAUCUCAAGUGAGGAGAUUGCCAGGCCGAGACGUUCCACUCCAACGCCAACCCUAACGCCGGGGCCUGGGCCUGACACACCAAGUAAAAGGUUAUCAGACAAUGCUUCAGCUUUUUUCGGCCCACCGUUUGAGGCAAGCUUUGAAGCACAGAACUUGGAAGUUUUCAUAGCGGAGCCGGAGCUGUGGUGUCCAUCAACGCCGCGCAACACCUCCCCGCUGAACAGACGCUUCCCCACAGGAGCUCCACCUCCUCUUCCUCCGAAGAACAUUCCUGCCACUCCACCCAGCUACAGAUCCAGCUCUCUGGAAUCGUCAGGUUAUUACAGUGUUGUUCCAAGUGUAAGAGGAGAAGGAUCAUCUUCUAUCUAUCGGAACAUUCUACUAUCAGACCCUACAGGGGGACCUGCUGUUCUUGACAUGGACAACAUACUAGCCCCAUUGGAUACCCCUAAUUCUGAGUCCAACUGGGUCAGUUUCACUGAUGGGACAAUCUCCAGGCCUCCACCCCCUGAUGAGCCUGCCCCUUCCCCACCUCUCUCAUCCUCUUCUGAAGACACACCCCCUACUUCACCUCCAGCCUCGUCACCUCCUCCUCUGCACCCUAUCCCUCCACCUGAAUCUCCUCCUCCCCCACCCCCAGAUUGCCCCCCAGACUCCCUAUCUCCUGAUGAUCUGGCCCAGCCCCAACAUUCCACAUUCCACCUCCAAGAGUCUGGCUUUUCCAUGACUACUCCUCUCAAUCUACCUAGCCCUGGCAUGCCCCCUCUGCCCACUGUGCCACCCUCUCUAGGGCCACGAGAUAACACCAGAAGAACACCAGACUCUUUUGGACUAAGAGAGGAAAUCCUCUCACUUUCCACCUCACCCAAGGACAUCGGGAUGGGGGGCUUGCGUGGCACACCACCUCCACUGCCCCCUCUCACCUACAGGAGUGUGGUGGUCUCACCAGGGCCUGGUAGCCGGCCUUCAUCACCUGCACGUCCUGGAACUCCUUUAUCAGCAGGUAGCCCAAUACCACCACUCCCACCUCGGCCAUCUUCACGGCCCAAACUUCCCCCUGGCAAACCAAACGUGACAGACUUGGCUUGGCCCUUCAGCGCUCCUGUCCACUCAUGGAGUCCUCCUCCUUUUGCUCCCCUUGCCCGAGCAGAGAGCAGCUCCUCCAUUUCUUCCAUUACUUCCCUCAGUGCCGCCUCCACACCAACACUUGGCAGAGAGUUCAACCUCUCUGUCUCAGCCUGUUCCCGAGGACCAAGUCCACUUACCAUGGGCCCCCAGGACACUUUACCGGUGGCAGCAGCCUUCACAGAGACCAUCAGCGCCUACUUCAAAGGAGCUGACCCCAGCAAGUGUGUGGUGAAGAUAACUGGAGAGAUGGUUCUGUCCUUCCCAGCAGGUAUCACGAGACAUUUCUCAAAUCAGCCGAGUCCUCCAGUACUGACCUUCACCAUCAGCCAUUACAGCCGUCUGGAGCAGGUCCUCCCCAACCCUCAGCUGCUCUGCUGUGACCCGAAUCCUGCCAUUUCUGACUGUAAAGAGUUUCGGGUGAACAUGUCCAACCUGCUGGCUCAUCUCAAGAAGGUAGCGGACCAGCGGCCUCAGGCCACCUACUACAACGUGGACAUGCUGAAGUACCAGGUGUCAGCACGGGGCAUCCAGUCGACUCCGUUGAACUUGGCACUUAGUUGGCGCGGCGAUGCUUACAGUACUGACCUCAGGAUAGACUACAAAUUCAAUGCAGAGGCUAUGCCCAACCCCACACCCCUCACCAACAUCCACUUCCUCGUGCCGGUGGACGGUGGUGUUACCAAACUCCAGGCCAUGCUGCCUCCCGCCACAUGGAACUCAGAAACCCAGAAGAUACUGUGGAAAAUCUCUGAACUCUCGCAGAAAUCAGAAAACGGAGGAGUGGGGGCGUUGUUGUGUCGUUUCCAGCUGGCCGAAGGUCCCGGUAAACCGUCCCAACUGGCUGUGCAGUUCACUAGUGAGGGAAGCACGCUGUCCGGCUGCGACUUCCAGCUGCUGGGAAGCGGGUACAGACUGUCCCUGGUUAAGAAGCGCUUCUCAACAGGUAAAUAUUUGGCAGAUAACUGACAUCACAUCAGUUAACGACGACGACUCGUGGAACAGACAGAGCGACAACGUCUUCAGAUUCACCACUGAAGAGACUUAACAAUGUUUUUAACGUUCAAAGGAAUUCUUAACUUGGAAUUUCACAAUUUGUGUCUCUACGGCGUAGAAUUGUGUGUGUGUGUGUGUGUGUAAAGGCAAUUUCAGGACAAAUGCAAUACAGCAAUGUUCUUUGCUGGGUUUAUGCACGAAGGCAGAGUUUCUUCUCAGAGCUUGAUCGUGUGUGUGUGUGUGUGAAUUGAUAUCCUGGGCAUGUGCCGAUAAUCAGGUAUUUAAAAUAUUCCGAUAUUCACCAUGAACAAUUCUUAGCGAGGGUGCUUUUUUUAUUUUAUUUUUUUUAAGUCACAAUA